AUGUUGCAACUUGAGCCUAUUGCUGAUGUGGCUAUAGCCAACGAUACGGGUCGGAAUCUUAGUUACUCAUUAUCUGAUCAAUCUCAGAAGCACACAGAAUGGCUGCAGGAUCAGUCUAAGAAUCCAGAAAAGCAACAACUUCCUGGAAUAUCAACUGCAAAGCAUCAAUCCCUUAAGAACGGGAAGAACCCUAAACGAUCGCUCAUACAGGGGCUUUAUUCGAGCAAUGUGAUGGCGAAGAUAUGGGGAGUAGCAGCGCCGGCUUUGUUCAAAUCGGAACCACCUACUUUGUACCCCGAGUAUACCAAACCAGGUGGUACACGAUACGUAUUUCGGGAGCUCGAUUUCUGGACGUCGGGGUUUUUCCCCGGCAGUCUAUACUUACUCCUUGAGAGAGAACGACGCUUCAAGCGAGAGCUUGUUAUGUUGCGAGAAUCAUCAAUGCCUUCUAUUACACCCCAUCACAUGCAUCUCGAAUUCGCCUGCAAGUGGUGGACCACCAACCUCCAUCAGAACUCGACGCUUGCCUCUACGCAUGAUCUUGGCUUCAUGGUCUUCCCUUGGGCAAAGCUUGCCUGGACACUUGAUCACGAUAUACUUGCGCGGGAUACUAUUAUACGAGCAUCGAAAAUGUUGGCAUCGCGAUACGUGCCAGCAGCUGGCGCCAUACGAUCUUGGGACACGUGCACGACGCUGCGGUAUUCGUUCACGGAUCCGGCAAAGGACUUUCUCUUCAUCAUUGAUAACAUGAUGAACUUGGACAUGCUCUUCUGGGCGGCCUCCGAGACAGGGGACCAAGAGAUGCACCAAAUCGCCGUGAACCACGCGAAGAAAACGCAAGCAUGCCAUAUCAGGGCCGAUCAUUCCACAACGCAUCUCGUGGUCCUUGAUCCGAAUACUGGCCAUAUAAAAUCUCGAUUGACCAACCAAGGGUACUCUGACACAUCGUCAUGGGCGCGUGGCCAGGCGUGGGCCAUUGCAGGCUUCGCGCAAACAUACAAUUGGACUCGAGAUGUAUCCUUUCUCGAGACUGCCCUGGCAUGUGCAGACUACUUUCUUAGUAAGUUGCCCGCCAACGGCGUACCGCCUUGGGACUUUUGCGCCCCGACGGAUUCCGAGCAGCCCCCUGACACGAGUGCGGCGGUGAUUGCUGCGUACGGAAUGCUUCUCAUUCACGAGGCACUUGCAGGGCAAGGAGGGCAGUCGACCUAUCUUGAGAGUGCGAUUAGAAUAGUCAAGGCAGUCUGCUCGAAGCACAUGAUGCCGGAGAGUUGCUUCACAACGGCGACAUCUACCCUGGAUACUGUAGAGCAGGAUACACACAAUGUACAGACGGAGUUGACGGUGCGCCAGGAUGAUACUACUCCACAGACUAUUCUCGGAGGAGCUACGAUCAACAACUAUGAAUUUGCUCCAAGGCGUUGGGCUAAUCAUGGUCUCGUAUACGCCGAUUAUUAUUUCUUGCUGUUUGGGAACAAGCUGUUAGAGAUGCAGGCAACAACGUCUCUAUCUGACAUACUCAUAUAG